AUGUGCCCCAUCGCAAAGGGUGCGUUCAGCACAGUGUACCGUUGCGCUGACCUCACCACCGGCAAGAUGUACGCGGUGAAAGUGGUAAGCAGGACAGUCAUAGAGGCAAACAACAUGCACAACGCGGUGGUGCGUGAGAUCAAUGCCAUGGAGGUGGCACCCUCUUCCAAGUAUUUGGUGAAUCUCGUAGACAAGCUCGUCUCAUCGCGCAACUACUACCUAGUGAUGGAUCUGGUUGAAGGUGGCACGCUCUUCGACCUCCUGCAGGAGUGGCGUCUCACACCCUCGUCACAGUGGGCGCGCCGGUUGUUCCGGCAGCUUCUCAACGGCCUGGAAACACUGCACCGCUCAAAUGUUGUGCACCGCGAUAUUAAGCCAGAGAACCUGCUCCUCAACGAGGAUCACACACAGUUGAUGAUAUCAGAUUUUGGCUUUGCAUCCUACGCGCCUCCUGGCCGAAUGCUUCACAGAGCCUGUGGGACACUGAAGUACUGUGCUCCUGAAUUGCUUCUGCAGAGUCCUGAGUACGACGGCCGUAAGGUGGACGUGUGGGCUGCUGGUGUGACGCUCUACGUUAUGCUCUUCGGCAGGCACCCGUUUGAAGGUGACGAUGACAACAUGGACAGUCUGGUGCAGGCAAUAUUGGCGGGAGGGUACUCUUUUCCACAGCGCAUUUCACCCCACCUUGAGCAUCUCUUCUCCGUGAUGCUUCAACCUGUGCCAGCGAAGCGCUGGCCCGUGAAGCAGUUAUUGCGGCACGUCUGGGUGCUGGGCGUCGACGGUGUCAAGGCUUCUUUGCUGCCUCGCUCUCCAGAUUCCAUUGGUGUCACGGCAAACAACUGCGGGUCUUGUAGAGCUCUGCCGGUGGAGUACAUUGUGCGUUCAUCUUUUGCAAGGGCACUGAAAGAUGACUGUAUGGAUUUAUUCAUACAUCGGUGCCGUUCGUGCCCUGACCUCUCCAGAGAAAUGCGCCGCGCCGAUAAUCCGGAUGAAUGGAGCAACGGCAGCGCCGCUAGGAAUGAGGACAGUGAUGAUAUCGCUCUGGAUGUUGACGGCAGCAUUGAUGCUGUUCAUUUUGAUUGUAAUGGCGAGGGCGGUGGACCUCUGAUGAGCCCCGAGUCAACUCCAAGCGACAACGAUAACGUUAGCAUCAGUGAAAGCGCUCUCCCAUUUUCGCUGCACAGAAACUCCACCUCAUCAGUUUCCUCAUCCAGUUUCUCCAAGGGAAGUUCUGAUGAGUCGCCGCCAAGCCACAAACGCGAUCUUAUGCUUACCAUACGUGUCAUUGUAAAUUUUCUCUUAUUUUGUACAUCUCUAGUUCUUGUUGGUGGGCUGCGCUUGCUCUUUGAUGUGGACUUCAGCGAACUUCCCAUCCCUUCUUUUAUCCACCGCACGGUGGAGAACUUGCUUGUCCCACCGCAUGAGUGGCCGGCGCAGCGGUUCGAGGUGCAUCGAAUGCGUCACAGCCUGCCUGGUGCGACGCUGCGGCGCCUGUUUGCAUGGGCGGAGGGGGUGAUAGAUACAUCGGACUGGCGACGCCGAAUGGUGCCGACACGAGAGGUUUCCAACGGCGUACAUCCGUGCCAGAAGCAAGAGGUACGAGGCUCAGCUAUAGCACCGCAGGACAGCAGCAGUUGUUCGUCAACAUUACGAAGGCGGUAUCUCAGGUGA